GAUUGGCCACCUUCCAAACAACCCCGCCUUCCGCUCCUUUUACAUUCUAAUCGAUUGGCUGGGCUCGCCGGCUCGCUUUUAACCCCACCCCUCGCCUGUCAGUAUUGGCUAUUGGGGGACAUUGAUUGGUCCGCCUUCUUUCUCGGAUGAAAAGCGCCGCUGAGGGAAGCGAUGGAGCUUUAAAAAAAAAAAAAAAAAGCCCUAACGGAAUAGCAACGCGGAGUCGUCUCGGGUUGGGUUGUGUUUUUUUUUCUUCUUCUUUUCCUUCAGUCGCACUCUCGAAAUGGAGCUGACGUAUCAGUCGUUGAGAACGACGCACCAGGCCAAAGAAGAAGAACACAUCCGAACAGAAGCCCGGCAAAAUCUCCUUAUUUUGAUUUUACAUUAUUUAACAGACGAAGGGUACGUAGAUGCUGCUAACGCACUGGAACAAGAAACAAAAUUUGGGUUGCGCCGUUUUGAAGUGUGCGACAACGUUGAUCUGGAGACCAUUUUGAUGGAAUAUGAAAGCUACUACUACGUCAAGUUCCAAAAGUACCCCAAGAUUACCCGGAAAGCUGUCGACGCCACAGACAAUAAAUCAAGAAGUGGAGGGAAAGCAAAAAGGGCCCCCACUGGCACAUGCCGGAAUCUUCCCAAGAUUAACCAACAUCAGGGGAGACCCCAGUCCAAAGUGUCACCCACAAAAGUAGCAGAGCUCAAAGAAAACUCGAAGCAGGAGGAUGAAGGUCCUUUAAGUCGGGUCGCAUCGGAAUUUGGUUUAAAUGUAUCUGCAAUCCACAAAGGAGGUGGAGAAGGCCCUCAUUCUAAAAGAGGCCAAAUCAUUGACUUCCGUGGGCUGAUUCAGGAUGCUAUCAAAGGAGCAUCCAGUGAAAUCUCCAUACACAGCUUUAACUGCAAUCCAGAUCCUUCGGAACGUCUAUUAAAACCUUUGGGCGCCUUACUUGGGAUGACAGCUGAAAUGAGGGAGCUUGCAACGAUUGUCAGCAAGGAUAUCUACCUUCACAGCCCCAAUGUCAAGUGGAAUUGCAUCAUCGGACUUGACUCAGCCAAGCGGUUGGUCAAGGAAGCUGUUGUGUAUCCCAUCAGGUACCCACAGUUGUUUACAGGCAUUCUUUCUCCUUGGAAGGGACUUCUGCUAUAUGGGCCUCCAGGUACUGGGAAAACUUUGCUGGCUAAAGCUGUUGCCACUGAAUGUAACACAACUUUCUUCAACAUCUCCGCAUCCACCAUUGUCAGCAAAUGGAGAGGCGAUUCGGAAAAGCUUGUCAGAGUAUUAUUUGAACUUGCCCGCUAUCAUGCGCCUUCCACAAUCUUUCUGGACGAGCUGGAGUCGGUUAUGAGUCAGCGAGGCACAGUUCCUGGUGGUGAACACGAAGGGAGCCGGCGGAUGAAAACAGAAUUAUUGGUGCAGAUGGACGGUUUGGCUCGCUCAGAUGAUCUUGUCUUUGUUUUAGCAGCUUCCAACUUGCCCUGGGAACUGGAUUACGCCAUGCUGCGCCGACUGGAGAAGAGGAUUCUGGUCGACCUCCCAAAUCAAGAGGCCCGGCAAGCCAUGAUCCAACAUUGGCUUCCCCCAGUGAGCAACAGUGGAGGAGUGGAGCUGAGGACGGAGCUGGAUUAUAAUUUGCUCAGUCAGGAGACGGAAGGCUACUCGGGUUCUGACAUUAAGUUGGUUUGCAAAGAGGCAGCCAUGCGCCCUGUGAGAAAAAUCUUCAGCGCUCUUGAAAAUCAUCAGCCAGACAGUGGAAACUUACCGGUGAUCCACCUGGACACGGUCACAACCGAAGACUUCCUGGAUGUUUCUCAUACCAAGCCUUCUGCUAAAAACCUAAGUCAAAGAUACGUUGACUGGCAAAGAGAAUUUGAGUCGGUUUGAGCCUAAUUGAAGAUCUGGAACAAUCAUCCACAUUUCCAGCUUCCUCCACCCCACACAACACAUUUCUGAAGAGUUUAUUUUUUAAAAAAACAAAAACAGAGAGGAGAAGAAACUUAUUGCUUUCCAAGCUGGAUGCUGAGUUUCGAUGAUGGAGAAGAGGCCGUAAAUUGUUAUUUGGAGAAACCUGGUUCUAGCUUUUUCAUCCGAUAGCUUUAGACUCAUACACAAGGCGGAAAAAAAACAUUUUAGCACUUUUGCCAUUUUUAAUUUUUGUAAUUAAACAUGACCGUCCAUUUGUAUUUCUGUGUCACCUAGAAGACUUUUGGGAUCCGUUUUGCUGACUUAAUAUUUGCUGCUAUACUUUUCUUCCUUAGUGGGACCAGAUAGUAGGAAGUGAUAAAGUAAGACAUUAAUUGGGCCUCCUCGGGCAUCCUUGCAUUAAACCAGUAGAUUUUGAAGACUGUCUUUGAAGAAUAAACCACUUUGGAGUCUCA